GAUAUAAUUGUGUAGGGUGUUGGGUGUUCGCCGUUGACUUUGGACAGCCAGCAGUGUUGCAGACAACUGUAAUGUUGGCAAUGAAACAAUGAGCAUCUUUGUACCUAUGUUUAACUCCUGACUUCACUUAGUGAAGUGAAAUGGAUUAAGAUGGCUGUUUGUCUUCAGUUAGGUGCGUUAAAGUUACUUGAACCGGAUUUUAUCAAUACCUUACACAUUGAUGCAAGAUAUUAUACAGCAGUUGUCUUCUUUCUAAUAAUUGCUCGAACAUCAACUUGUGCUAAGCAUUGUUUUGUGUUACUCCAAAAACCACUUGAGCAUAUAAACGAAUCAUUCUUUUAUGCCAUGAAAAAUAAAAUUACCUCCUCAUUAAAAUUUUCAAAAGCCAUCAAUCGAUCUAUGUCGUUUUUUUUUUUCCUCACCUGCUUGAAUAACUAAUCGGUUGUUUUAAUUGUGUUGAUCAUAUUGCAUACACUGCGGAUGCCAUUGUGAGCAAAUGUUUUGUUCGGAAGUCUUGAGUGAUCGCUGACAUACUAGAGGUGACAGAAAUGGGUCAAACGGGUCUUAGCAUUAACUAAACAAAUCCUGGCCUAUAGGAUUAGGAAGAGAUGUUGCUGUUUAUUUGAUGUUGCCACCGUAAUUUUGUAAUAAAACACAGAGGGGAGAGGAAGCCUCAUUGUUGGCAGCAAAACAACCUCAAAGGUUUGGAAUGGAAGCAAGGAGUUUGCCAUUCAUUGCUUUAUAGUAUUUACAUAGAAGGUGUGAAAACACAGGGCAUGUCUGAGAGGGAAGAAAUGGCCUCAGAUGGAAGCCUGAAUGUUACACUGACACUGAGGCUAUUGAUGCAUGGAAAGGAAGUUGGCAGUAUAAUUGGAAAGAAAGGGGAAACAGUGAAGAAAAUGAGAGAGGAGAGUGGCGCUCGCAUCAACAUAUCAGAGGGAUCGUCUCCCGAGAGGAUAGUGACCAUCACAGGACCCACAGAGGGUAUCUUCAGAGCUUUCUCCAUGAUUGCGCACAAGUUUGAGGAGGAUAUAACGGCGGCAAUGACAAACAGCAAUGUAACCAGCAAUCCGCCUGUGACGCUUCGCUUGGUUUUCCCAGGGAGCCAGUGCGGCUCACUGAUUGGAAAAGGAGGAUCUAAGAUUAAAGAGAUCCGAGAGACCACAGGGGCUCAGGUUCAGGUGGCAGGAGACAUGCUGCCGGAUUCGACCGAGAGGGCUGUCACAAUCUCUGGCACUCCACAGGCCAUCACUCAGUGUGUGCGACACAUCUGCUCCAUCAUGCUGGAGUCUCCUCCAAAAGGAGCCACUAUUCCCUACCGUCCAAAGGUCAUACCUGCUGGUGCCCAUGCAGUAUUAGCACAACAGCAAUGCUUCGGAAGCUACUGGAAGCUUGAGGCAUUUGCACUUCCAGGGCAAUAUGCGUUUGCUCAUCAAGAUUUGACCAAGCUUCACCAGUUGGCUAUGCAGCAUAUCCCCCUCCCUUCCCUUGGGCAGAGCAACCCUACCUUCCCUGGAUUGGAUGUGUCUGCCCCCACAAGUUCACAGGAGCUGGCGAUACCUAAUGAUUUUAUUGGCUGCAUAAUUGGAAGACAAGGCAGCAAGAUCAAUGAAAUUCGCCAGGUCUCGGGAGCUCACAUCAAAAUUGCCAGUGCCACUGAUGGCUCAGCCGUGCGCCAAGUCACGAUCACAGGCUCACCAGCAAGCAUUAGCGUGGCCCAGUACCUCAUCAGCGCCAGUUUAGAGAUGGCUAAAUACACCAUGCAGGUUGCCGCCGCUGCGAACCCAGUUGAUCUCAACAUGAGCUACGCUCAGUCUGCUUCCACCACCUCCAAUGCUGCUACCUCUCUCGCCGUCCUGGCGGCCACCACCCCAGCCCCCACCAACAUUAACGUCCACUCUCCCUCCACAUUACAGGCCAUCCAAAAUCCCCACUAUGCCGUCCCUAUUUCCAGCCUGCUUGGCAUGAAAACACUACCCGUUCUGGCUGUCCACCCAGCAGCUGCUACCAGCCUAACACAGAGUUUAGCCCCUUACACAGCAAAAAUACCAACCUCUGGCGUCAAAAAGUCUGAGCGACAGAAGUUUGCUCCAUAUUGAGUAAUCUUGGGCAUGUCUCUCUAAUUGGAUACCAGAUUACAAAAUGAUGGUCAAUGUGUCAACGGCUGGCAGAAGUACUAUAUGCAAGGUUUCCCAGUGAAGCACUUGCAUUCCAAUAAUUGGGAAAGCAUAUUUUUAAUAGGCGACAGAGGUGUGUGUUAACUCAAUUACAUAGUAUGCUAUGUGCGAACUCAGGCUUGCUUUGAACCCAGGAAAAAGAAUAAUUUUCUUAUGGCUUUGUGUCCCAGAGCUUUAUAUGAAGACUUACUCCAGGAGAUUUGUUUCUUAAUAUGCAAUGUUUACUUUCUGUGUUCCCUCCUAGACCUGUUUUUGUGAAUUAAAUUUCUGUAGGCAGCAAGCGGGGAAAAUGGGUUGUUGUGUACAAUAAAGGUGGUUGUGUUUAGUGUUAUUAACAAGGAUUGCUUCAUUUUUUUCUGUCAUACUUCUGUCUGUUCCUUCACUGUAGACUCUCAUCAGGGCUAACAGGCUUGGGUGUUCUGUAGUAGCGUGGCACUGCUGCAGUUCUGAUGGGAUUAUUCUAAAGCCACACUGGAUUCUAGUGGAUUUCACUCUCCACAAUAAUCCUGUAGAGCUGGACUGGUCCAAACAACUCAUUUAUUGUUUCUGCUUGUUUUUUGUUCAAUCUCCAUCACAACUGAUUAACCAUUUAUGUCAGAAACUGUUGCAGCACAGGAAUUGUAAUAGGGCACUGCAAUUUUGUAAUGCUUGAUAUUAAUGAUAUGGAUUUGGAAUAAAUGUGACUUUUUAUGAAUAAAAA